GUGCCUUGUAUGGGUCUGCCUCAUUAGCCCUAUUAGCAAAACUUGACAAAUUGCACUAUCAAGCAGGUGUAAUAUGUGCAGGUGUUCUUCAUGGCUCAGAUACCUCCAAAGUUUUUCAAUGCCUUAACUGGAAAACCCUUAGUCAAAGGAGAAAUGAAAAAAAUGUUCGGAUAAUGUUCAAAAUAAACAAAAGAAAUGUAGCACAAUAUAUAUGCGACAUAUUUGACAAAUAUAAAAACCCAGCCACCAGACUACUGAGACAUUCUAUGCCUUACAAUAUUCCAACUAAUGUUUCUAUCAGACUCCUUAAAGCCCCUGUCUUAAAUAUUAUAAAACAAUGGAACAACCUUAGCCAACUUAUAAGAGAAUUACCAACCAUCUCUAGUUUUAAAAAUGCUGUUCGGUCAACAAUUCUCCCAAACAUAAAUUUCAUUCCAACAACCAAGCUAAACUUAACAAGGUCAAAUGAGAAGAUUUUAAACAGACUUCGUGUCGAUUUCUUUUUAAAAGAACACUUUUUCUCUCAUAAUUUUAUUGGUGUAACCGACAACAAGUGUCCAUGUGGAUCCCCUGAAAAUACUAAGCACUUUCUCCUUUCUUGCCCCCGCCAUACUGAUGAUAGGACAAACAUGAUUACUGCACUUAGACAAAACAACCUUCUCUAUGAUGAGAACAUCUACACCAACCGAAAUGAUCAAGUCAAAUAUCUCCUCUAUGAAAAUACCCUUAGCCGUGAUUCACAAAACUUACUUCUUAACAUUGUGCUCAACUUUGUUAGAUCAUGUUACAUUUACCCAUUGAGAAUCUAAAACUUGCCCAAACCUCCUGGACCAAAAUAUCCCCAACAACUAAGCAACUAAGCAAUUAACAACAAAACUUUUCAAUAGUUUUAUGCACUUUUUUUGUUUUAUUAUUACUUGCUUCUAAACUAUAUUUAUGUUAAAGCGACCUGUAAUGCCAAAUGGCGAUUGGUCUUGCUUACUUGUACUUUGUAAAUUACUAUGAUUUAAGAAUAAUAAAAACAUUAAUAAUAAUAAUAAUAAUCAUGGGUAUUACAAUUCCCUUUAUCGUGGGCACUACAAAUGUUCUUACCAUGGGUACUAUAAUUCCCCUGGUCAUUUUAUACUACAAUUUCCCGUAUCAUGUUUAGUACUAUUCCCCCUAUCUUGGGC